UAUUUAUGUUUGUAGCCGCAGAUUACAUGACAAAAGCCUGCGAAAUAUUGUAGUGAAAAAUUAUUGACUGUUAUUUAUGACACCUGUUGCUCUUUAUGGACUUUUCAAUUGAACCACUAUUUUUUAAUUUAAAUACAUUCUGAAAGAUUUGUGUAUAAAUUCAAAUUUGAAUCAUGGUACCCAGAGAAAUCAACAAUGGGUAAAAGUGAAGAAAAAAAUGAAAGUACAAUAUGUCCAGGUGAAUCAACUUUUCUUACAAAGCCAUCAAGUAAGGCUAGUAAGAUGCUAGAAGCUGCAUUAUUACAGAUGGAUGACAUAAUUUCUGGUGCCUGUGCAGAAAGUAAUAAUGAGGGAAAUAUGGAAUGGAAGGACCCGGUUAAAGAGGCUACAAAAAAUCUUGUCACAGCAAUUAAAAGUUCUCCUAGGCCUCCAUCUCCACCAGAUAUAACUACCAUUGAAAUUUUAUUGCAAUGGAUGCAACCAGAACGCUUAAGAAAAUUGGAAAAUGAUCGUGAAGCAUUACACAUGGAAGUAUCAGUGUUAUCAGAACAGGUGGAUGCACAGUGUAAUAAAAUCCAAGAACUGGAGAGUAUGUUAAGGGAGAAGAAGGAUUCACUCAGAAGGAUGGAGGAGGCAUUACAAAAAGAAAUACUUGCAAGAAGCGCUUUAGAAACACAAAAAUUAGAGCUUUUGAGCUCGUUGUCAGAAAUGAAACUCAGACAAGCAAGUUUAGAGCACGAAACUCUUCGAAGUACAAAUACUGUGUCAAAUGGAGAAAGAUUUGGAAGGCAUACGAGUCAGUAUAGUAGUCUUCCAAGGCCACCGAGUUCUUCGAAGAAAGGCGUAGUGUUUGGUAAGAUACCCAGUUUAGUUUAUGGAGCACACACGACGGUACCAUUGGCCGUUAGAGGAGCAUCCGCGAGAUGCCUGUCUGCACCUACCUUAGCCGAAGAAGAGAAAGCAAUUAUCAUAGAAAACUCGAAUUCUCGAGUAGAAUUGAUUACACAGAAACCUUUGGCAGACCUUUCAAUGGAAGAAAUUGGAACUUGGCUUGCGAACAUAGGAUUGGAAUGUUAUGCGGGUGAACUUAGACGAUGGGGCGCCACUGGAUCAAAAUUAUUUGACUGUUCGCAACAGCAAUUAGAAAAGGAAAUAGAAAUUAAGAAUGUUUUUCAUAAAAAGAAAUUAUUGUAUGCGAUAGAAUCAGAAAAGUCCGGUAGUGAUAAAUUUCUUGGAGCAGACAAGAUGGACAGUGCAGCUGUUUUAAGAUGGCUUGAUGAUAUCGGUUUACCACAGCAUAAAGAAGCUUUUCAUAAUGCAAAAGUUGAUGGAAGAAUGUUGCAUCGACUUACUACCGAGGACCUUUUAAACCUUGGUGUCACAGCACAGUUACAUGCAGCAAGUCUUAGACGAGGAAUUCAGAUUUUACGAGAAUUAAAUUUUGAAUUCGAUAAUCUCGAAAGAAGAUCUAUCAAUGGAAAUGGAAUGGAUGGUAAUAAUGUUCGUCUGUGGACAAACCAUAGAGUGAUGGAAUGGCUAAGAAUGGUUGAUUUAGCAGAAUAUGCUCCAAAUAUGAGAGGAUCUGGAGUGCAUGGAGGUUUAAUGGUAUAUGAAGGCAGAUUUACUUCAGAACUAUUAGCCACAUUACUUAGUAUCUCUCCUGGGAAAACUCUUCUCCGUAGACAUUUAACCACUCAUUUCAAUCAAAUCCUUGGUAGAGAAAUUGUACAAAGAAAAAGAGAAAUAGAGAGCACUCUUGGAUUCGUUCCACUUACACUUACUGCUCGUCUGAAGGUACCAAAGAAAUCUCAGUUCACUUUAAAACGUAAAAAAAGCAAAAACGAAGCAGAUUAUGGUAACUUGGUUUGUCCACUGGAAAGUUCAUCACCAGAUACCCCAUCAACCCCUACUUCAACUCCAGGAAGUCCCAAUUUGAAUUCACCUACAUUUUAAGUGUUAUUAUAUACCAGUUUUAUCUAAGGGACAACAAUCAAAAAAGUGUGAUUACGUGUGAAGAGACCAAUUGUAAACAAACAAAAUCGUCGGGAUCAUCUAUUUUAACUUUAUACUUCAUUAAUCAAAUUUACACGAUAAGAAUAACAAUUGUUUUCAAAAAUAUAUAUAACUGCAUUGUUUUUAUGCAAAGAAUUUUUCUCAAAUGAAUUUCAA